AUGGAUAAGUUAUCCGAGAGUCCGAUUUACCCCCCUUUCUGUUACAGCGAGGAGGAGAAGGCGGAGCUAGGCGCGGCGGACACCCAGUUCCGCCUGCUGGAACUACUGCCGUCAGCCAGCGAGGAGCAGCUCAAAUGCCGCAUCGUGGUAAGGGAGAUCGAAAAGCCAUUACAGGACUAUAAAGCACUUUCAUACUGCUGGGGCAAUGGUGGCGGGUCGCAGUUUAUAACUGACAGUGUUGGUGAGCCCAAGGCCUUGGCCAUCACCGAGUCGCUGCACACCGCGCUGCUCCAUUUCCGCGAUGCGAGCACCUCCGUCUGGUUGUGGAUCGACCAGAUCUGCAUUAAUCAACGAGAUGGCAAUGAAAAGGGACAACAGGUGCGACUCAUGGGUUCCAUCUACACCAGGGCCGAGCAGGUACUUGUGUGGCUGGGCCCAGCCGAGCAGGUGCUGGUGUGGGUGAACCCCGAAGAGCACAGCUCAGACGUUUUGAUGGAUGCGUGGCAGACGGUGGGACAGGAGGCCCGGAAUUUCGGCAUGGAAAGCUACUACACCAAGGAAAGGUGGCCGCUUCUGAGCCGUAUCAUGAACAAUAUCGACCCUGGCGACCCAAAGACUGCGGAGUUCCAGAAGUUGGUGAGGUUAGCGGCAGAGAAACUCGCUCCACUCAUUACUCGCCAGACCCUCAGACACUGGCUUGCGCGGCCGUGGUUCGGACGAGCCUGGACCGUCCAGGAAUUUUGUCUCUGCGCCAACACCGUCUUCGUCUGUGGCAGCAAGCGGGUCCCGGUUGAGUUUGUCAUGCUAGCCAUCCAGGUUUUGCAGUUCUCUGCCGUCCGACUGAUCACGAGUGCGGUGCCACUCGAGCUUCUUGAAGAGGUUGCCAACGAGCCCACGGCGCGUCUCUUCAGCUGUCGUCAACGCCGCCGAAAGCUAGACCGCGGUGAGGAAGGCGCCACGGGGGACCAGCUCCAUGCCCUUCUGCGCAAGCUUUACGUCGGCCGCAAUACCCAAGCCACGUUCCACCGCGACCGCAUCUUCUCUCUCUUAGGCCUAGCAGUCGACACUCACUCACUUGACAUCAGCCCAGACUACGCCGAGAAAGGCGAAGCUCCCGCGGAAGCCCGCAUGCUCACCCGCGCGGCCCGCGCCAUGAUCACCAACCCCUCCACCGGCCGCAUCGACGUCCUCUGCUAUUCGCAGUUCCCCAAGGCCCCGGACCUCGCCAACGACCUCCCCUCGUGGGUCCCCGACUGGCGCGGCAACCUCCGCCCUUCCUUCUACACCAUCCACGAAGCGACCGACACCCACCUCUUUAGCGCCUGCGGCCCGGAAACCAGCGUCCGAUCGCUCCCCACCACCCCGUCAAUGCCACACUCCGCCCUCGGCCUGGCAGGGUACCUAGUCGACACCGUCUCCGCCAUCGCCGCCGGCGGCACCUGGGACGACAUGUCGUGGGACGCGGCGCGCUUUUUGGGCUUCUUCGCCCAGGUCGACGCGCUCUUUGCCCACAGCCUCUCAGUCUCUGCUAACCUCCCGCAAUUCUACCCCUCCGAGUCCCGACGGCACGAGGCCCGCUGGCGCGUGCCCAUCGGCGAUCUCUUCUGGACGAGCAGGGGCAGCGGCCCGCGCAUGCGCCGGCCGGGAGGUGGUUCUUCUGAAACGGCGCAGGCUGCGCAGCUGCAGUGGGCACAGUGCGUGGAGAGUCUGCGCUGGUUCGAUGAGUGUGAGAAGUUGGCGGAUGUUGCAGAGCAGAAUAGGCGGCUUGUGGAGUGGGAUUGGGAAGGUAAAAGGGAGCGCGGGGAGUUGGGAGGUGAUUAUCACGAGAGCAUGAAAUACGUGAUGGGGAAGAAGCCGUUUUGCACGGCGGAGGGCUAUCUAGGUAUGGGACCGGCCGGGGUCAGGGAGGGGGAUGUGGUGGUGGUGUUUUGCGGGGGGCGGAUUCCGUUUGUUUUGCGGCCGGUGGAGGAUGUGAUUGUGGCGGGGGAUGGGGACGGGGGGACGAAGAGGAUGUUUCGAUUUGUGGGAGAGGCGUAUUGCGACGGGGUUAUGGAUGGGGAGGUUGUGGGUGUGCGACAGCUGACAGAGUUCUACCUUGUCUGA